GCUGUGGUAAUAUCACCUGAAGGUGUUUUCAAUUACAGCAGUCAAGCUGAAAUUCAUGCUAACGCAUAACGGCAAUAGUUGUUGUUUCGGGUUUUUUCUCAAAAUUUACAGCUACACCGAUCCACUGCCCCCCAAACAAACCCGUAACCAAAGCACCAUGCUGAAGCACCGCCACCUCACUUUCCGUCUGACCUUAGCGCUACUGGCCGCCACCAUCGGGACGUGGUUCCCGCACGGUCUCAGCAUGUCGGCCCUCAACGUCCCGCAGUUCAUCGUGCAGAACUGGAUUCGCUCCGUCAAAUGCCAGCGUUUCGGCGGCAUCUUCCGCGACAACUACACCAUGGAUCAUAUCAACAACACCACCAACGGUCCCGACCGGGCGUUAUGGUGCAACGCCAUCCCGGCGGAGGAGACGGCGCGGGAACGGAACGAACGGGACGAAGUGCUGAACGGGAACACGGAACUGAACACCCUGUGGGCGCUGUUUUCCUCCUUGCUGUGCGUCGGCGCUCUGAUCGGGACGAUGCUGACCAAUCCGCUGAUCCGCUGGGUCGGAGUCAAGCGCUCCCUGAUGUGCGGAGCGACGGUGCUGGCUGCCGGCUGUGUGAUGUGCUCGUUCGCACCGCUAGCAGGGGCGUGGGAACUGUUUCUCGCCGGACGGAUUGUCAUCGGACUGGGCACGGGGGUGGUGACCGUCGUGGCGCCGGUGUACACGGCCGAAAUCACCCCGGCAAAUUUACGCGGUGCCGCCGGCACCCUGCCCCCGAUUAUGUUCAUCCUGGGAUUAAUCGUCACCACCGCGGUCGGCUUCCCGUCGGCACUGGGGACGGAAGCCGGAUGGCCGUGGCUGGUCAGUAUUGUCGUCAUCCCGGUGGCGGCAUCGUGUAUCGCGCUGCCCUUUUGUCCGGAGAGUCCCCGGUAUCUGUACAUUGAAAACAACGAUGCGCAGCACGCCGCCAAAGCCCUGGUGUGGUUCCGGGGCACCUCCAAGAUCCAGGAGGAAAUGGUGGAGAUGCACGUGGAGAUCGACCACAUGAAGGGACUGCGCAAGGUGUCAGUGUGGGCUCUCCUCUCCGAUCCGUACCUCCGGAAGAUCAGCGCCCUGACCGCCGUGCCCAUGCUCGUGCACCAGUUCUGCGGAUUCCACUGCGUGACCUUCUACUCGACAUCCAUCUUCGAGAGUGUGGGACUGCGGCAGGUGUACGCCGUGUACGCUACGAUGGGUGUGUGGUGUUGCUACUUGGCGUCACUGUUCCUCUCCAUGUUCCUGGUGGACCGGCUGGGACGCCGGAGCCUGCUGCUAAUCAGCCAGUGUGGGAUGGUCAUGGCCCUCAUCCUGUUUGUCAUGUUCGGCUGCCUCACGGAGAGCGGUGUGGUGGGGACGCAGUAUGGCAGUGCGGCGUGUCUGCCCUUCUUCAUUGUGUGCUUUGCGCUGGGCUCGGCGUCCAUUCCCUGGAUCCUCCCCGGGGAACUGUUCCCGCAGGAGGCUCACAGUUCCGCAGCUAGUUUUAUUGCGUCGAUAUCGUGGGCAUCCGCCAUCUUGACGACCUUCCUGUUCCCCAUCGUGGAGCAUGCGGCGAAACAGUAUACCUUUUUGAUUUUCGCCGGCUUAGUCAUCCUGGGGACGGUGCACGUGGCCUGGAAGCUGCCGGAAACUAAGGGGAAAACCAUCGAUGAAAUACAGACCAGUUUACAUGGUGAACGCCCUAUUAGUGAGCAUGCGCCGCAUGAGUAAGCGGCACGCAACGCCUGGAGAUAGUAUUCGCACUAUAAAUAAUGGAUGAUUAAUUACUUCGGUGUCAACGCUCCGUAACUACGUUAUGCAACUCGCUUCUUAUUUCUUUGCUACCGUGUAGCAUCAGCUUGAAAGCGAAGGUCAUAGAACAUUAUCGUCGCAUGGAAUAAAGCAAUA